ACCGAAUGACGGCCGAGCCUCCAGGACCAUCAGUGCCGUACGGGUUCCCGAGGUGGAGCUUCCUGUACACGAUCAUCUUCUGCUUCUCGUUCGUCGCAUGUAUAUCCGCCUCGGUUACGCUGCGGCGGUCCACCAAAGCCAUCACGUCCUGUGUAUGCUACGCCAUGUAUUGGUACUUUGUCUGCAAGUCCAUCUACUCGUUCUGCCGCAUCUUCGUUCUUGCCAAGUCCGUGAGCGAGUACAUCAACGGACAUUCUUCGUGGCUGAGGCUAGACGAAGCCCGUGACGUGGGCGGGUUUCGACUCCUCGGGAAUGAAACCUCCAACGACCCCCUCAUCCAACUAGAGCAACCCCCGAUGACUGUCAAAGUGGCGCUGUUCAUUGGCGACGCCGCGCUUGUAUCGAGUUGUCUGUGGAUGCUGGUGCUCGUGCUGGAACUCCUGCGUCUUGUGGUGUGUACAUGUCGUCCAUGUGAUCCAACCACAGUAUGACUUGGUGUAGAAAACCACCAUGGACCGAGGCGCGACCGCGGAAAAACGCAUGUUGUACUUUUACUUGUACUUUAACUUUUGGGCCGUGGCCACAUACUUCACGGCGCAGCUUAUCGUAUCCAGCAACCAGGGCGAGUCAGGCCGCACGAUUCUCGAGAGCACGGGCGAAGCCUUCUAUUCCGAACGCUUCGAAGCCGUGCUGAUCACCGCCGCGUCCGUCCAGUCCCUCGUGCUCACCGCAGUAUCGUUUGCGUACGGACGUCCAGGUGCCGCCAUCUUUCAUGUGUCCAUGUGUAGGGUAUUCUACCUCAACCGCACGGGGCUCAACUUGGAAAGUGUCGAGUGUCGAGUUGUGCAGUCUCCCUUGUAUAAACGUCUGAAGCGCAUUCUGGUCGUGUACGUUGCCUGCACAGUGCCGUACUUGACGUUUAGCUGGGUCGUGGUCGCCAAGGCAUACGGAUACAUGAACAUUGUGCCGGACGAACUGACGAUCUUGUCGACGGCGCUGUACGCGGUAUCCGGAUUCGCGUUGGCGUUUGUGUUGGUGGCCAACCAGCAGUGCAUGCUGUCGUGGUGCAUGGUGUCGGACGACGUGAUCCAGCAAAUCCAAGCGAAUGAACCCCCGACGGACUUUCCCGUGUUUGUCAAUACAGACAUUGAGUCGUCCAGCGCCCUCUGGGGAGCUCUAGGUAGUGUCAUGCACGACGCCCAAGACAUCCACGACAACCUGCUUCGAACUCUGUUGGUACCCCAUCACGGGUACGAGAUCACAACCGCCGGAGAUUCGUUUCAAUUGGCAUUUCACAACAUUGCCGACGCUGUCGCAUAUUGCUUGGAUGUUCAGGAGCAACUCCUUUUGCAGCCGUGGCCGCCUGCGUUUGUCGACUGCCAAAUGCCCGGCAGUGCGACCAUCACAAUGCAGCUGUCGUUAUUGCAGCGCCCAAAGACAGUGUUUCACGGCGUAAGGGUGCGCAUGGGAAUUCACGCGUCGAAUCCGGCGGAAGGCCCGCUCGUGAGCCAGGUGCAUCCGGUCACGAGUCGGAUGGCGUACGUGGGGCUGUCGGAAUUGAUCGGGCGCGAAGUGAGCGCCAUUGGGCGCGGCGGGCAGAUCAUCGUCACAGCUCCGAUUGUACGGUGGCUACGGGCGAGCACGGCCAACAACGCAGCGUGGACCAAGACCCAUCCCAUCGUGCUGCAAGAAUUGGGCGUGCAUCGCGUGCCGGACCUUAAGAUCGACCUCGGAAUUGCGCAAGUGCUGCCUGUGAGCCUCAAAGGCCGGCUGGCGCUGAUCCCGCCGCCCUCCAAGGUGCAUACCAUGUUAACCUACUGCCCGCGCCUGAGCAACAACUACGAUCUGCUCAUUUCGCCAAUGGAAACCACCAGCCACAACUCGGACGUGUCGAUGGCCGCGUGAUUCCUUCUUCACAACCCGUAUUUAUUACUGUACUAUUAAUAGUAUAUACCGUAC